UGAGGUUUAAACAUCAAAUAUGCAACGAGGCAGAUGAACACAGGCCACAACAAAGACCGAGUGACAGGACCGGUGUGAAGAUUAAGACCACAUUUAGAAUCAGGAGUGAACUUCAAACAGGUUUUACCACCACGCUUCACAAAAGGCACCUGUUGAGGUUGGACAGGAGUUUCACUUUUCUCUCAGACUCAGGAGGACCCGAGUUUUUGCCCUUUGACUUCCACUGACAAGCAGCCAUGGGCUCCUUGGUUUGGGGCUGCAUCACUGACUUCUUCACCUACGAGACCACCAAAUCUGUGGUGGUCAAGAGCUGGUCUGUGGGCAUCAUCAACCGGAUCGUACAGGUGCUCAUCAUCACAUAUUUUGUCGGCUGGGUCUUCAUCCACGAGAAAGCUUAUCAGGUGACUGACACCGGCAUCGAGUCCUCUGUGAUGACCAAAGUAAAAGGCUUCGGUUACCAUCACAACCAUGUGAUGGAUGUGGCUGACUACGUCUUCCCCCCACAGGGUGCAGGUGUGUUCUGCAUCAUGACCAAACUCAUCAUCACCGAAAAUCAGUUCCAAGGAAAAUGUGCAGAGCCUGUCAGAAUGUUCAACUGCAGCAGAGAUGAAGAUUGCCACAAGCAUUUUGGCGCCAUCCUUACCAGUGGGGUAAUAACAGGUGUUUGCCUCAAACCCAUCGGUGAAUCCGAGGGUCAAUGCGAGAUUGAAGGAUGGUGUCCAGCCGAGAAUGACGGCAUCAAAGUCGAACCGAUGUUCGACAUAAAAAACUUCACCAUUUUCAUCAAAAACAGUAUUCGCUUUCCUCUCUUCAAUGUCACCAGAGGGAACUUUCCCUCCACAAUGACCUCUGCCGAUAUCAAGAAUUGUACCUACCAUCCGGACACGAACCCCUUCUGCCCCAUCUUUAAAGUGGGGGAUGUGCUGAACUACACCGGGCAGACUGUGGAAAACCUGGCAGAUAAGGGUGGAGAAAUAGGAAUAAACAUUGAGUGGAAGUGUAACUUGGACCUGAACAUUGAGAAAUGUGUGCCCAGGUACUCUUUUACGCGACUGGAUGCACCAUUUGCCAAGAAUGCCGUCUCUAAAGGGUACAACUUCAGAUUUGCCAAAUAUUUCAAGACAGAAAAUGGGACUGAAUUUCGGACACUUCACAAAGCAUAUGCAAUCCGCUUUGAUGUUAUGGUCACUGGCAAUGCAGGAAAGUUUGACACCAUCCCAACACUGAUCAACUUGGUAGCUGCCUUCACUUCUGUCGGACUGGGUACGGUUCUUUGUGAUGUUAUCUUACUGAACUUCUUGAAAGGGGCAGAGCAGUACAAAGCCAAGAAAUUUGAAGAGGUGUCAGAGGCUCAGAUAGAAGCAUACCUCACUCAGAGCCCAGGUAGCCAGCUGUCACUCAAACCAGGUAUCAAGAACUCUUAUGACUCUGGAGCCCUUUCCCUCAGUACCACUGACCAACCUAUGUGACUGACAACAACAACAGCAAUCUGAAGAAAUGGACUUUCCUCUUUCUCUCUCUGGCCCUUUACCUUAUUGCCUCAUAAGAGAUUCCAUAUGCCUUUUCUGGGUGUCAGGAUCCUUCAGUCAGUUUUAGUUUGGCAAGUUUAUGGAACUGGGUAAAGAAGGACAACGUUGCUGCCAGCUUCACAAUUUCGCAACUAGAAAUGGGAGUCAGAAGAAAAGAGCUAUGGCCCUGUAGUUCAUAGCAGUAACUGGCACCCUGGAUCCUCUAGGUUAGUAACACUCAAGUAAAGUUCCCCUAAGAAAGAUUUAUGAUCAAACUCAGUGCAUGGGCAACUCUACAGCAGCCUUUUUUGGAUAAAGCUUAGAUUAAACUGCAGUCAUUAAACUGAGAGGGAAACAUAAAGUAAUAAAAAUGUUAUUUUAUUAUAAGCAGUUUCCUUUUACAGUAUUUUAACUACAAUAAACUAUAACCUCCUGUUAAACCCAAUUAAAUCCCCUUCUCAUUUCCAGUUAGCUUUGCUCAGAUGAGCCAGAAUUCAAAAGCACGUAGUCAACAUGAAUAACACUGCUGAGAAUAAAACCAUUUGCGUAACAGUUUUUGGAGUAUUUCUCUUUGUCGUCAUGUUCACACACUCACCAGCUGC